AUGCAAAAGUACAUGUAUGAGAAAGCGAUGGCCCAAGAGACCCGGAACGGAGGCAGCUCCACGCUGAACAACAACAACGGCGUCGACCACAGCAAGAAGAAGCUGCUCGUGGCGCUGGACGUCUUCUGCCUGCUGCUCGCUAGCCUGCCUUUCCUCGUCAUUGAGACUAGCACCAUAAAGCCGUACCAGCGCGGGUUUUACUGUUCGGACCAGUCCAUCCGCUUCCCCCGAAAAGAGGGGGACACCAUUAGCGACGCCGUGCUUUGUGGUGUCGGCAUUCUUAUUGCCAUCUUCUCUAUCGUGAUUGGAGAAUGCUUCAGGAUUCACCAACUGCGAGAGGGAACCAAGUCUUUCGUCGGGAAUCCCUACGUGGCCGCCCUCUACAAGCAGAUGGGCGUGUUCCUCUUCGGGUGUGCCGUCAGCCAGUCGUUCACCGACAUCGCCAAGGUGUCGGUGGGCCGCAUGAGGCCUCACUUCUUAGACGUGUGUAAGCCGGAUUUCUCCGCCAUCGACUGCUCGCUGGGCUACAUCACCAACUACACCUGCGCCGGCGACGAGAGCGACGUGCAGGAGGCCAGGAAAUCCUUCUUCUCAGGACACGCCUCCUUUUCAAUGUAUACCAUGCUCUACCUGGCGUUCUACCUCCAGUCCAGGUUCUCGUGGCGCGGCGCCCGCCUCCUCCGGCCCCGCUGCUUCCAGUUCACCCUGCUGAUGAUGGCCUUCUACACCGGCCUGUCGCGCGUCUCCGACCACAAGCACCACCCGACCGACGUCCUGGGGGGCUUCGUGCAGGGCGCCCUGGUGGCCUACUGCAUAGUGUUCUACGUGUCGAACCUGUUCAAGCCCCGGGUGAAGCCGGCCACGCCCCCGCCAUCCCCCAUCAAGAAGGAGCUGCUCCCUUCGUCCGACAUCAUCGAGAGGAACAACCACCACAACAUGGUGUGAGAGAGAGAGAGAGAGAGAGCGAGAGAGAGAGGGAGAGAGGGAGAGGAAGAGAGAGAGAGAAAGAGAGAGGCCCGCCCACUUCUUCCUCCGACUCGAGGAGCCAAUCGCAGCGCUGCUCUCCUCCCAUCGGACACUAGAAUGUAGCGACGAGAGACUGCAGCUCUUCCUCCAAUGGCGUCCUCCUCCUCCCUUGUUUUUCUUUUUUUUGUUGUUGUUGGCGCCUCCUUUCGGACUCGGGUCACCGAUUUUUGAGACUUGCACAGCAGACGCCACUCUCACGUAUUAUUUACUAUAAUUAUGUUAACUACUAAUCAACAUUUGAGCCCAUCGUUUUUGUUAAUUUGAGCACAAACGCUCUUUUUUUUCUAAAAAAAUGAAAAUUGGACGACCUGACAGGCAGCGCUGAGGGUGCGAAGGCUCGUCGUGAGGUGGAACCACAUGAAGGGGUUAAACAGACUCUCUGAACUCUCUGUGGCCUUGGAGCUGUAGGACAACUACUUCCUUAGCUAUGGGAAGGAUAUUACUGCAAUAACUAGCAUAGACGUAUUAACAGUAUAGAACAAAUAUAACUUAUAGCACUGUUUUUGUUUUUGUUGUUGUUUGUUUUUUAAAGUUCAUUGUCCAUUAUCACCACUUGCCGCCUGAGAUGUCGAGACCGAAAGAAAGCUUGACGGCGCCGACGGCCACGAGACGAUUUUAUCGCGAGACUCCGCGAAUCCGAGCUAGCUUAGCGUCGGCAUUCGGUAACCACGGCGACGUACUGAUUUGUCGGCGGUCUUCUUCGGGGUCCUUUUACGGGCGAUGGAGGCUGGAAAGGCGACGCCCACAAAAAACACUGUUUUCCUUUUCUUUCUUUUUUUUUUAGACCCUGAAUUAAAAGUUAAAGUAUUCUUUUCGGGCGCAUCGUCAAUGUCACACUCGGCAGCCAAUCAGAUCGAGCGAGAGGCUUUUUACUGCCGCACCACUGACUUCCUGUUUUUGAAGCAGGUCAACAUCGAUAUUAGUGUGUUUUUAAAAAAAAAAAACGUAUUACCACGUCUGCAUUGAACACAUUUUUUUUAUUCUAUUACCAUCCGACCGCCCGUCUCGCUUUCGAAACACUUCUGUCGGCGCGUCAAGCUUUUCUUUUGUUUUCGUAGUUGACUCUCAGAGCGGCCCAAAACCCGGGAUGUUGCAUUUCUUGAGGGUUAGAUGUAUUAGAGGGUGGGGGA